UUUCAGCUGCAAUGAAUAGUGACCAAUUACAAGAUUGGCUCACUGAUUUGAACGAACGAUGGAAAAGUGAUACAGCGAAGCAGGCAUUGAAAGAUGUGGAAUAUGAACGGGCACAGUUAACUCAUGAAAACCAUAAAACUCACUAUUUAAUCAGCUAUCUCAGUUGUAACUACGCUGAUGUUGACCUGAUACAGCCGGUUGUAGCACAACUUCUUGCAUGUUAUUAUCGUGGAGGUAUAUUACGCUAUUUCGUGUUGCAGUGCAUUCCAUCAUUAAUACAUAUCUAUCUUUUGGCACUAGCUAAACGCCAAAGGAAAUCAGUUUCCAUGUUUGAAACGUUCUUUCUUGCUAUGUACAAUGAAGAAAUACUUGCUGGUGGUGUUUUAUCCGAUUCAAUGACAAAAAAAGUAGAAGAAAUUCGGAUACCAUCCACACGUUUCCCGAGUGUAUAUCAUGAUCCAAAGAAGCUCAGUCUUACCUCAGAUAUUGUCUUGAAACCUGGAACACCCGCAUUUGUACAAAAAACUGUACGGAUCGGUCCUUACAAGUCGGUAGAUAGGAUUAUUCCACAAAAUAGGCAAACAGUAUUGACUCGUCUAUUAAAGUCUGUGAACGGGUGUCUCUGUAGGUUAUCUCGUGAUGUGAUAUGUCAAAAUAUAUGUUUGAGUACUAUAGCUAUUUGUCGAAGCGGGUUUACUUUUCGCGAAACUGCUUUGGGGCUACGAGUUUUUGGCAGCAAUUUUCAUUUUAAAGAAUCAGAUGAUUUUUCAAAGAAACCAAGAUUGCGAAUCUCGUCGCAGUAUCUGUUAGAAUCUCUGAAUGGUUUAUACUUUGCAUUAUUCAACGGUGCAUCAGAAUUAGCUGUUCAGGCUGUUGAUGCUGUGCAUCAAAGAGCUUUGUAUGAAUUUUAUGCGGACGUUAUUCUGGUAACGAAUAGUAUUAACGAGACCCUGCUUGAAAGUAACUUCCAUAAAAAUGACGAAUCGUCAACUGCUCAUUGGGUGCGUCCUGAAAAACUGGAUAAUCAUAAACGAAAUGAAGUAGUAACAAAUGCUUCCUUGCAGCUAAAGAAAAUGCCAGAGGAUAUUUCACCUGUUGUAGAAGAUGAUAUGAAAGGAUUUAAUUUCUCUGAUAGUGUUGAAAAUUUCAAGAAGCGUAUUGCCGUAAAAGUAGAGCAGCGCAAGUUAAAGUACCAAUUCGGACAUCAUAGGCAAAGAUCGGAAAACAGUAGUGAAAAUGUAAAUAUCGAAUUGGGUCCAAUCAACGAAGAAUCAGUUUCAAGCACAGCAGCGAACCUUCUAAUUUUUCAUGUCACUGAUGAAGCCAGUUGUCAAGAUUCUCCGCGACACCAUUCUAUCUCACAUGGUUUGACAAAUUUUGAUAAUAGUGUUUCAGUUUCGUUUCGACAGGAUCAGAUUCAUAAUGGAACACCACCAAAACCAAGAAAUGAAUUAAUCAACCUUUCGAUCCCAACGGACGGUGAUUUACCUAAAAGCGUCAAACCAAUAUCUGUAGAGGGCGGUAUACACGAUUUAGCAAAAUGGCAUGGCAGUAUUCAACAUAUCGAUAGUGCAACUAAUGCUUCUGAAGGCAUUUCACUAUAAAAAGUUC